CCCGCCGGACGACCACCUCACAACGCACGUAGCCUCCGCGCCGUACGGUCCCGCGCCCGCUAUCACGCCGCGCACCGCCGCGAGUCCAUGUGAGCGACCGACAGUUCUCUCGUUGUGUACGGUGAACGAAGGAUCGGCAAGCUGUACGCGCCGCAGGAAGACGACAUGCUGACGAUGGAGACGGAUCUAAAGGGCGGCAGCCUGCACGCCACGGUGCCGCCGCACCACGCGCUGCAGCACGGGUACGGGUCGCUAGGCGCGCUCGGUGGCAUGAUGGCGCUGCCGCAGCAGCAGCCGCUGGCCCAGCACCAGCCACUGCAGCACCACCAGCACCAACCCCUGCCCCAGCACCACGCGCAGCCCCAGCAGCAACACCAUCAACCCCCAAACAACAACAACAACAACUCCAGCAAGAACUCUAACGCGGAGAGGGUGAAGCGUCCCAUGAACGCUUUCAUGGUGUGGUCGCGCGGGCAACGCAGGAAGAUGGCUUCCGACAAUCCUAAAAUGCACAACUCGGAAAUAUCUAAACGUUUGGGUGCACAGUGGAAAGACCUCUCGGAGUCAGAGAAGCGACCAUUCAUCGACGAGGCGAAGAGGCUUCGGGCCGUUCACAUGAAGGAACACCCGGACUACAAGUACAGACCCCGGAGGAAAACGAAGACGCUCGCGAAGAAACAGGAAAAGUAUCCGUUAGGAGGCGGCGCUCUACUGGGAGCCGGUGACGGUCAGCGCACGAACGCGCCGACGGCUCAGCAGCCGCGGGACGUGUACCAGAUGACACCGAACGGGUACAUGCCCAACGGUUACAUGAUGCACGAUCCCAGCGCCUAUCAACAGCAGGCGUACGGCUACCCGCGCUACGACGUGUCACAGAUGCAGCAGCAGUACAGCGGCGGAUACUACGGCGGCGGGCAGGGCUCGCCGUAUCUCCCUCAGCCGCCGUCUCCUUCCGCGUACGGCCUGGGUCCCGGCUCGCCAGGAGGGUACGCGAUGCCCGCCUCGUGCGCCUCGCACUCACCCAGCGGAUCAUCCGCCAAGUCGGAGCCGGUUUCCCCGGGCCCGCCGGGUAUGAAGCGCGAAUACGUGCACGAGCCGCAGCUAAAGCGCGAGUUCGCGCACGCGCACGGCGGCCAGAGUCACCCGCACGAGCAGCUCGGCAUGAAGCGCGAGUACGGCCAGCAGGACCUCAGCCACAUCAUCAACAUGUACCACGUGCCUGAUGAACAGCGGUACGCGGCGGCCGGAGAGCGAGCCAUGCCGCUCAUCUGAGAGUCGCCUUUCGCGUGCGACAUCGACAUCCCGCCGCUAUGAGCCGGCCGUCGCUCGCGCCCUUGUGACUUUGUACCGUUCAGUGAUCCUUACGGCGUACAUACUUAUAGGUAUGUCAUUUCUUUGUUUUUGUAAUGUAAUGUACCGCCUCUGUUAGUGUUGCGAACUGUUGACGUCGCCGAGGCCCGGCCACCGGCCGUCGGCCGAGCGUUCUAUUAAAUGUUGUUGAUGAGUAUCUUGUAUUAUAUUACGAUUAUUGUAUUUUUUCAUGGUUUUAAGUUAAAAUAUUCUAAGUUGUGUUGUGCGGACGGAAGAGAGGUUGUUGCGGGAGACGGCGUGAGAGACGAUUGAGAGAUCGGUUAUUUGAAUACCAAAAAAAUUGAACAAUAUGUAAAUAUAGUGUUAAUGACUAGAUGAUGAGUUAGUCGUAAAAAGUAGAUAGAUAGAGUUAAGAGGUGCCACGACGCAAAGACGCCACGACACCACUCCGUACACCCGUCGUCGUGUGUUGUACAAAAUAUUUGUUAUAUUGAUCGAAAGUUAAUGAUGGCUCGAAAGACUAAAACUAUUGUAAUACAAAAAUGUACAGUGAGUGUUAUAUAGUCAGUGGACACAAAGUAUAUUGAAGAGAAAAAUGAAGUUAUCAAUAAACGACGCGUUAAAACUGUA